AUGCCGGUGUUGUACCACCUGACGCUGCAAAAACCCACGGCCAUCACAAAAAUCGCGUAUGGGAACUUCUCGGGGCCAAAGGUGCACGAAAUCGUGGUGUCCAAGGGACAAGUGCUAGAGCUGCUAAGGGCAGACAAGCAGGGCAAGCUGAACCUGAUAACAUCGAAGGACGUCUUCGGGAUAAUCCGCUGCCUGCAGACAUUUCGUUUAACAGGAAGUAACAAGGAUUAUGUAGUUAUUGGUAGCGACUCAGGAAGGUUAGUGAUCCUUCAGUUUAGUAAUGAGAAAAAUGACUUCGUUCGAGUGCAUUGUGAGACAUAUGGCAAAAGUGGCCUCCGGAGGAUCAUCCCCGGAGAGUACAUAGCAGUGGAUCCAAAGGGAAGAGCCCUCAUGAUAUGUGCCAUAGAGAGGCAGAAAUUCGUAUACAUCCUAAAUAGGGACAGUAAGGAGCAACUAACUAUUAGCAGCCCGUUAGAUGCACACAAGUCACAUACGAUAUGUCACGACGUGGUCGGGAUGGACGUUGGGUUCGAGAACCCAAUGUUUGCAUCUAUUGAACAGAACUACGAAGUGUAUGAUAAGCAGGUAACUAACACAAGUGAAAUCGAUAGCUGUCCAAGGAAAACUCUCCUAUGCCUGUGGGAAAUGGACUUAGGGUUAAAUCAUGUCAUUAGGAAGCAUACCCUCCCUAUUGAUCCGAGUGCACAUUUGUUAAUUCCCAUUCCGGGAGGACAACAAGGACCAAGUGGGGUCAUCGUCUGUUGCGAUAAUUACUUGGUUUACAAAAAGGUAGAACACGUAGAUGUAUAUUGUGCGUAUCCAAGGCGACUUGAAACGGGGCAAGAUAAAAAUAUAUCUAUCAUAUGCAGCACAGUUCACAGGAUUAGGAAGUUUUUUUUCAUUCUUAUUCAGUCCGAGUUUGGUGAUCUGUACAAAAUAGAGAUGGAUCAUGAGGAUGGAAUUGUGAAAGAGAUUACUUGCAAAUAUUUCGACACAGUUCCAGUAGCGAACGCCAUAUGUGUGAUGAAGUCGGGAUCUCUCUUCGUGGCAGCAGAAUUUGGGAACCACUUCUUUUACCAGUUUUCAGGAAUAGGGGAUGAGGAUACCGAAGCCAUGUGCACGUCCAAACAUCCCUCAGGGAGGAACGCUAUUAUUGCCUUCAGGACGAAGAAACUCACAAAUCUAUUUCUAAUAGAUCAAGUGUAUUCUCUGUCGCCCAUUUUAGACAUGAAAAUUCUCGACGCGAAGAAUGCUAAUAGUCCCCAAAUUUAUGCCCUCUGCGGUAGGGGACCGAGAUCGUCCCUUCGCAUUUUGCAACAUGGGUUAAGCAUAGAGGAACUGGCCGAUAACGAACUCCCUGGAAGACCCAAAUUUAUUUGGACGAUUAAAAAAGACAACGCCAGUGAUUACGAUGGGUAUAUCAUUGUAAGCUUUGAAGGCAGCACGCUUAUCCUAGAAAUUGGAGAAACAGUGGAAGAGGUGGUGGACAGCCUGCUCCUAACAAACGUAACGACCAUUCAUGUGAAUAUACUGUAUGACAACUCCCUCAUUCAAGUGCACGAUACGGGUAUAAGACACAUAAACGGGAAGGUUAUAAACGAGUGGGUACCUCCAAAAAAUAAACAAAUAAAAGCCGCCACAUCGAAUAGCACUCAAAUUGUAAUUUCCCUCAGUGGAGGAGAGUUAAUCUACUUCGAAAUAGAUGAAUCACACACUCUAGUGGAAAUAUUCAGGAAAAACCUAAACGUAGAAACGUUAUGCCUGUCCAUACAACAGGUGGAGGAGAACAAGAUAAGAGCCAACUUCCUAGCUGUCGGUUGUCUAGACAAUGUGGUGAGGUUGCUUUCCAUCGAAAAGGAAAAAUAUUUUAACCAGUUGUCCACCUUUAUCUUGCCAAAUAACUCGUCAGCCCAAGACAUUUGCAUAUCGGAAAUGUGUGAACUGGGUAACGACAAGGAAAGGAAAUUGCUCUUCCUUAAUAUUGGGCUGAACAAUGGAGUGCUCCUCCGUAGUGUGGUGGAUCCCAUUACAGGCACGCUAACCAACCAUUACUCAAAAUACUUGGGUGCAAAAAAUGUGAAAAUCUGUCCAGUCCAUGUGAAGAAAAACCCAGCUCUCCUAGUGCUGUGCGAAAAGACCUACUUAUGUUACGUUCACCAGGGAAAAUAUAUAUACUCCCCCUUAAACUACGACAUUUUAGAAUACGCAUCGUCCUUCCAUUCUGAACAGUGCUCCGAUGGGUACGUUGCAAUAUCGGGCAGUAGUUUGCGUAUCUUCCGCUUCUACCGCUUGGGGGAAGUGUUCAGUCAGAAUAUUCUGCACUUAACAUUUACCCCGAGGAAGAUCGUCCCGCUUCCCUUCCCUUCCCUCUUUUACGACCACGAUACGUCUAUCGAAAUUGAGCGACAGAAGAACAUCCGCAUGCUUGCCAUCAUCGAGGCGGAUCAUAAUGCGUAUGACGAGAAUACACUGCGAGAAAUUCAAAGGGCACUAAAAGGUAUUCAGUUAGACGGGGAGGAAAACACCGUUGGGAGCGAUCUGAAAGGAAACCUCCCCAAUGGGACGCACAAUCAGGGCCAUUCAAAAAAUCAGCACGUGGAUGAACAGGCGGAAAAUGCAUCCAGUCACCAAAACGGGGAAGAGAACGACAAUGAAGCAGAUGAUGACGACGAUGAGGAGGAAGAGGAACUGCUCUACGAUCGAAUAGGAACCGUCAAAGCAGGCCCGGGUAAGUGGGGCUCCUGCAUAAAGAUCAUCCACCCAGUCACUUUACAAACCAUAGAUAAAAUUUCCCUCGAGAUGGAAGAAGCGGCCCUAAGUGUCUGUGCCUGUGAGUUGGAGGCGCUCCAUUGUUUAAUAGUUGGCACGACGACUAGCUUAUCCCUAAAAAACCGCACUGCUCCAGCAGCAGCUUUGCGUGUCUACACGUAUGACAUAAAUUACAAACUGAACCUCCUACACAUAACACCAGUAGAAGAUCAGCCAUUCUGUUUCUGUCCAUUUAAUGGGCGACUCCUAGCUUCCAUUGGAAACAAACUCAGAAUAUAUGCACUAGGAAAAAAAAAGUUACUAAAAAAAUGCGAAUACAAAGACAUCCCCGAGGCGAUAAUUUCGAUUAAAGUUUCCGGCGACCGUAUCUUCGCCUCCGACAUCCGAGAGUCCGUCUUAAUUUUUUUUUACGACGCCAAUAUGAACGCCUUGAGGUUAAUUUCAGACGAUAUUAUUCCCAGGUGGAUCACAUGUUCGGAGAUCCUGGAUCAUCACACGAUUAUGGCGGCCGACAAAUUCGACUCCGUCUUUGUGCUGCGGGUCCCCGAGGAGGCCAAGCAGGAGGAGUAUGGCAUAUCGAACAAGUGCUGGUACGGAGGUGAAAUGAUGGCCGGAUCGAACAAGAACAGGAGGCUCGAGCACAUCAUGAGCUUCCACGUCGGAGAAAUAGUCACGUCCCUGCAGAAGGUGAAGCUGUCCCCCACCAGCAGCGAGUGCAUAAUAUAUUCCACCAUCAUGGGGACAAUAGGGGCGUUUAUCCCGUACGACAAUAAGGAGGAGCUGGAGCUGACUCAGCAUCUGGAAAUCAUUUUGAGGACGGAGAACCCCCCCCUGUGUGGACGGGAGCACAUAUUUUUUCGCUCCUACUACCACCCCGUCCAGCACGUCAUUGACGGAGACCUAUGUGAGCAGUUUUCCAGUUUGCCAUACGACGUUCAGAGGAAAGUGGCGGCCGAUUUGGAGAGAACCCCGGAUGAUAUCCUGAGAAAGUUGGAAGACAUUCGGAAUAAAAUUCUUUAA